AUGGAGCAUGUAGUUAAUCAGAAAACUACAUCAUGUAAUGAGAGCAUCAACAUUAAAAGAAGAGGAGGAAAUGAACAUCCAUUACAGGGAGACCGCGUCUUUGUUCAUUACGUGGGGACACUUGCAGAAGAUGGGUCCAAGUUCGACUCGAGCAGAGACAGAAAUGAACAGUUCGAGUUCACUCUUGGCAAAGGUGAAGUCAUUAAAGCAUGGGAUUUAGGUGUUGCAACAAUGAAAAAAGGAGAGAUAGCGAAAUUUACCUGCAGAAGCGAGUAUGCAUACGGAGAACGAGGUAGCCCACCAAAGAUUCCACCAAAUGCCACUCUGAUUUUUGAGGUUGAGUUAUUUGAAUGGCGUGGUGAAGACCUCAGUUCAAAGAAGGAUGGAGGUAUAAUUCGAAGAAUUAUGGCUGAAGGAGAGGGUUAUCAAACGCCAAAUGAUGGGGCAAUUGUCGAUGUACAUGUGGUUGGCAAGGUGAAUGGCACUUCGUUUGAUGACAGAGAGGUACAGUUCCCAUUGGGUGAAGGAACAGAACACAACAUUCCAGAGGGCCUUGAAAGGGCUUUAGAAAGAUUUAAAAAGGGUGAAAAGUCUACAAUCAAAUUGGCACCAAAGUAUGCCUUUGGGUCAGCUGGCAACCCAGAUCUGAAUGUACCGCCUGGGGCAUCUUUAGAGUAUGAGGUCGAGUUGCGCAGUUUUGAAAAGGCAAAAGAAUCUUGGGAAAUGGACCAAGAGGAGAAAAUUGAACAGGCGAAGGUGUGCAAGGAACGAGGAACAACAUUCUUCAAGCAGAAUAAAUAUCGGCUAGCAGUAAAACAGUACAAGAAGAUCAUUGAUCUCCUACAGUAUGAUUCAGGCUUGGACGAUGAAAAGAAAGCUGAGAGUCACUCGGUUCUCCUUGCCGGACAUCUUAAUCUUGCAAUGGCCUACCUGAAGCUGAAUGACAACUCUCAUGCAAGAGAACAUGCCACCAAGGCGCUAGAGCUGGACAGUACCAGUGUCAAAGGUUAUUUUAGAAGAGGGCAGGCGUAUUUAAACAUGGGUGAUGCGGAGCAAGGGCAACUUGACUUUCAGGCGUGUCUUAAGUUAGACGAAAGCAACAAAGCAGCAAAGCAUCAGUUACAGCUGUGUGCAGCGAAGAUUAAGGCCGACAAACUGAAGGAGAAGAAACUGUACGGAGGCAUGUUCGAAAAGUUUGCAAGAAUGGACAAAGCUAAAGAGGAAGCGGAGUACAACAGAUACAAGGAUGUGAUGGCAGGUGAUCUUGGGGAAUGGGGUAAUUCAGAGGAAAAGAGUGACUCGGGCAAGAGUGAGAAGAAAGAAAAUUUUACAAAUGCAAGCGAUGAUCCUAGUAGGAAUGCUCUGUCAGGAUUGGGUGACAUUGAAGGCGUUCAGAUGCUCUAAGGCUGACAGCUUGUUCUCAGUUAAUCUACUCACACAUAUGCAGUGGUUUCAUAUAUUUACUUUGGACUCAGUUGCAUUUUGUUUCAACAUUUGACUGUCUUUUGUAAACAUUGUUGUCCCUUUACAGAUUAUUUGGUCACAACUUAGUGUUUGUAAAUUAGGUAGGUAAAUGGAUUUGUGAUAUGUGACUCCAAAUUAUCAGAUAAGGUUGGUUGUUAUUGUAGCCUUAAAUCAAGUGUAUAUUCAAAUCACUAGCAACAAGUCAGAUGUCACACUUAAGUGCCCUUUUUCAGUUUCAUUUUUAGGACAAAAACAAACAUUCCAGG